UCGAUCGCUGGGCAUAUGGCUGCCCUCAGACCUCUGGUGAAGCCCAAGAUCAUUAAAAAGAGGACCAAGAAGUUCAUCCAGCACCAGUCAGACCAAUAUGUCAAAAUUAAGCGCAACUGGCGGAAACCCAGAGGCAUUGACAAUAGGGUACGCAGAAGAUUCAAGGGCCAAAUCUUGAUGCCCAACAUUGGUUACGGGACCAACAAGAAAACAAAGCACAUGCUGCCCAGUGGCUUCCGGAAGUUCCUAGUCCACAAUGUCAAGGAGCUUGAAGUGCUGCUGAUGUGCAACAAAUCUUAUUGUGCAGAGAUUGCUCACAAUGUAUCCUCCAAGAACUGCAAAGCCAUUGUGGAAAGAGCAGCCCAGCUGGCCAUCAGAGUCACCAAUCCCAAUGCCAGGCUGCGUAGUGAAGAAAAUGAAUAAACAGCUUAUGUGCGUG